AUGCACCUCCUCUUCCUCCUGCCGAUAACCACGCUGGUCGCUUUGGUAGGAGCCCGUCCCGCCUCACAAUCAUUAACCCCCACGCUCUCACAAGUCUACGAGACAACCGACACGAUACCAUUACCCAACAUCGGAAACCUACAAGUACACGACCCCAAUGUCGUCUUUUGGGAUGACCAUUAUUACCUCUUCAAAGGUGGAUGGCAUGUGCCAUAUUUCAAGGCCGCGAACAUGAGCGGACCGUGGACACAAGUUGGUACCGUGUUGGACGGCGAAAGUGUCAUCCACCAGGGUAAUCGGUCGCGGCCCUGGGCGCCAACGACAGUCGAGCGCAAUGGCACAUUUUACUGCUAUUACACGCUGAGCACGCACGGCUCGCGCAAUAGCGCCAUCGGCAUCGCGACGAGUACUAAACUCGACGGGUCGCCGUGGAAAGACCACGGCGCAGUAAUUCGCACGGGCGAGGGCAAUGGCUCGGACGUGUGGCCCUUCACGAUAAGCAAUGCGAUCGAUGCCUCGUUUAUCCGCGACAAUGCCACCGGCAAGGCAUACCUCAACUACGGCAGCUACUGGCACGAUAUCUGGCAAAUCCCACUGACAGAUGACUGGUUAUCGAUCGAGAGUCCCGCAAAGCCCGACGCGGUGCAAUUGAGCUUUAUCCCGGGCCAGACGUUUCGACCGGAAGAAGGUUCGUGGAUGAGUUACCACGAUGGGUAUUACUAUGUGUGGUUCAGCCAUGGCAAGUGUUGCAGCUUUGAUGUGCGGGGGUUCCCUGUGCGUGGCGACGAGUAUAAUAUUCGCGUUGGUCGGUCGCGGACCGUGCGGGGUCCGUUUGUGGAUCGGGAUGGGAAGUUGUUGCUGGAUGGUGGUGGGACGAUUGUUUAUGCCUCCAACCACGGGCUGGUUUAUGCCCCUGGCGGGCUUGGCGUGAUGCCGGGGAAUUCUUCCACCCCGGAUAUACUUUAUUAUCAUUAUUUGAACACUUCGAUCGGGUUUACGGACGAGCAAGCGCAAUUAGGCUACAAUUAUCUGAAAUAUGAUAAUGGGUGGCCCACAGUCUUGGACGGAAUCGCUAUUAAGAGCAGCGCGGCGACCAUCUCCCGCUUGCCUGGUUGGUGGUCUCUAAUGAUUUUAUCGGGUUUAUGGCUAUGCAUGUUGUCAUAG